AACGCCGCCGCCAAACGAGAGGCGGGCGAAAGUUUCGUUAUUAAUUCUUUAUCUCGAGUUUGUGUUGUUCUUUGGUGUGAUCAUUGUCGGUGUUGUUGUUGUUGUUAUCGUGGAGCCGGAGCCGGCAGCUACACACCAUUACCUUAAGAGCAAAGUUCUUCCGGUGUACCGUGAUCCUGGUGUCAUGCGGGAUGCGGUAGCUGGUGGGUGGUAAUCCAGCAAGGACCAUUUUUCUGCGACUGCCUCCGAGAAAGUGAGCCGGGAUAUCAUGAAUAUUUUAUACGACAAGUGUGCUUCACGUAGCUGUCAGUCAUUGUUGGGAUUGAGUGCAGUAAGAAAAUAAUAUCCUUUUGCUGAAGAAGUUGCUCCGGCCGGAGGAGGAGAAAAAGAAAAGAAAAGCAAAGAAGUCAUAAUAGAUAUGAGAAUAAAGAAAAUAUAAUUGAAACGUGUUUGUUGGAAAAAGUGUUGCAAAAAAUAAGAACGGGGUAGCUCCGUUGGAAGAAAUUAAAAGAAGCUACUAUUCGAGCUUGCUACCAAGAAGCCAAGGAGGCAAAAAGUGAACGGAAAAAGUGGAUGAUUUAUUCAGUGGAUCUCCUCCGCAGUGUCGGUGGUGUGGUCGCAGAUAGGAAGAAGCAUCGUCAGCAGCAGCAACGUUCGUCCUCCGUUCGUCUUCUCAGUGCAGGAAGGUGAAGGUUGUGCGAAACUGUAAAUCAAGCGGAACGACGACGACGACGACGACGGAAACGACGAAUAUGAAUGCGAAAGGAGUCGUCGUCAUCGUCGAGUUGGUCGCCUUCAUCGUCAACGUUGCGGCCCGGUGGCAGAACCAUUUUUCCGCAAGUGCUCGAGUCUAAGCGUUAUUAGGAAAAAGGAUUCGUAGAAAAAAAAAACAUACAGGAGGUCAAGAGGUGCACGACGACGGAGGAGAGCUUUCGUCAUCUGCAUUGUGAUUCGUGUGUUAGGAGGAGCGGACAGCGUGUGUCAGUGCAAGCAGCGUUAGAAGUUUGCUUCAAGAAUUUAUUUGGACCAACUGCUUCAGGACGACGUCGACGUAGCAGCAGCAGCAGCAUCACCAAUUCAGCAAUGAUAGCCUCCGCCCAGCGAUGGACAGUUUUAAUACCGUUCCUAACGAUAGGGUUCCUGCUUCAGACAUGUCACUGCAACUUGCCGCCGGUCUUCACGCAGGACAUGAACAACCUGGCCCUGUCGGAGACGACCCCGCUCGGCAGUGUCGUGUACCGGUUGGAGGGCUACGAUCCGGAAGGCGGUAACGUUUCGUUCGGUCUGCUCGGUUCGGACAACUUUCUGGUGGAUCCGACCAGUGGCGACGUCAAGGUGAUAAAAUCGUUGGACCGUGAGGACCAGGAUACGCUUUCGUUCUCAGUGACCAUCAAGGACCGCGUCAGCUCAGCGGGCAUCGAUUCGGAGAACGACAACGUGGUGAACGUUCCAAUCACGAUAAUCGUCCUGGACGAGAAUGACAAUCCGCCGGAAUUCCGCAAUGUCCCCUACGAAACGGAAGUCCUGGAGGACGCCACACCAGGCACCACCGUGUUCAGCUCGAUCCUGGUCACCGACAAGGACACAGUUGGCGAAAACUUGAUCAUUACCUGCAUCGAACAGCCGCUGAACCCGGACGCGUGUGAAAAAUUCACCAUCGAAACCAUCGAAAGCGGCCAGGAUCGGCUGACGGCGGCAGUGGUACUGCAAGGCCGCCUGGACUACAACGAACGGAUGAUUUACCAGAUUGUGCUGGAAGCGACGGACGGGAUGUUCAACGCCACGGCAGGACUGGAGAUUCACGUCAAGGAUGUUCAAAACAGUCCACCGGUGUUCCAGGGAUCGCUGGCUGCGGUGAUCAACGAAGAUAGCAAGAUCGGAACGCUGGUGAUGACGAUCCACGCGAGGGAUGGUGAUCGUGGACAACCGAGGAAGAUCGUCUACGAGUUGGUUACCAAUCCCAUGGACUACUUCCUGCUGGAUCGUCAAACGGGUGAGCUGCGAACCGCAAAGCCGCUAGACAAGGAAGCCCUCCCGGAUGACACAGGGUUGAUCAUUUUGACGGUCAAAGCUCGGGAACUGAUCGACGGAGUUCCGGGAAAUGACAACCUAACAAUGGCAACGACUCAAGCAUCGAUCACAAUUCGUGAUGUGAACGACUCGCCACCAAUGUUCAACAAGAAGGAGUAUUUCGUAUCGAUGUCAGAGAAUACGGCACCAGGAACGCCUCUACCGAUUGAGAUGAGUGUUCAUGAUCCGGAUGUUGGAGAGAACGCAGUGUUUGCGCUGCGGUUGAACGACGUUUCGGAAGUAUUUGACGUGGAACCGAAGCUAGUGACGGGUUCGUCGCAAAUUAGCAUUCGCGUUGCGAAUGGAUCGUUGGACUACGAGAAUCCGAAUCAGAGGAAGUUUAUUGUUUUGGUGAUCGCGGAAGAAACACAGACCAAUCCGAAGCUGUCAUCGACGGCUACGCUGACAGUUUCCAUUACUGACUCAAACGAUAAUCGACCAAUUUUCGAACAGGAUUCAUACUCGACUACGGUAUCGGAAACUGCUCAUCCAGGUCAUCUGAUUACAACCAUCACGGCCAGGGACUUGGAUUCGGGACAUUUUGGAGAUCAAGGCAUCCGGUAUUCUCUGUCCGGAACGGGAGCUGAACUGUUCAACGUGGAUCCCAUAACAGGUGCCAUCACGGUGGCAGAUUGCCCCGCUACGGACAACUACAACAGUAGAAGGCGAAGAAGACGUCAAAUCCCGACGUCCGAUGAGCUAUCUCAGGACUAUCCGGAGAUGAAGCGGUUUAACGUGUCUACCGAUGGACGGUCGGGCCUUUUGGAUCGCGGAGUAGACUACAUGGCGUACAAGGUCUUCAACAGCGGCGAAUCGAAUGAGUACAGGGACGUGAAUGUCGUCGCUCCUCCAACGGUUUCCAGCAGCUGGGAAACGUCCAGUUCGGAAGAGAGCGAAACGACCACCGGUUGGAGCAGUAUGGAAUCGGAAGAAUUUUUCACAUCCUCCACAACUCAGCAUCCGAUCCACUCGAACGAAAUCCAACACCGUUCGGAUGUGGGUCCGGGAAGAGCUCCCUGCCUGGACUACGAAAACCAAUCCGUCUACUACCUCUCGUACAAGGCAACCGACGACGUGGGUCGCGGUCAAACCUCUGUCGUGUCACUGCGAAUCACCCUCCUGGAUGCAAACGAUUCGCCCCCGGUCUGCGAGAGCCCCCUCUACCGGGCCUCGGUCGAUGAGGGAGCCGCCGUUUUUGAGCCUCCGCUCAUCAUCAAAGCCCGCGAUCCGGACGUCCUUUCGGAAAUUAAUUAUCGCAUAAUUGGCAACGAAGCAAUUACGCGCCAUUUCGAAAUCGACAAACGGACCGGCCAGUUGACCAUUUCCAAGAGCACCGCCCUCGAUGUGAACCAUUUGAAGUCGGAAAAUGUGUACUUCUCCGUCGAGGCAAGCGAUGGCCGUUUCACCACCCUGUGCUACGUGAACAUCACCAUCCGGGACGUGAACAACCAUGCACCGCAGUUCUCCGAAGAGCACUAUCUGGCUUCGAUCGAGGAGAACUUCCCGAUUGGCACCCUAGUCGAACGUUUACAGGCAAUCGAUUUGGAUACGGGCAUCAACGCCGAGAUCAGGUACCGGAUCCAGCAGAGCAGCUUCGACGAUUUUGCCAUCGACAACCAGACGGGCGUGGUGACCAUCGCUCGCAAGCUGGACUACGACCGACGGAACACGUAUCAGAUGGAGAUUGUCGCUGCGGAUCUGGGCACGCCGAGCCUCUCCGGAACGACCACCCUGACGGUGAGCAUAAUCAAUAGCAACGACAAGGCACCGUACUUCACGCCGACCACUCAACGGGCGGAAGUCUCCGAGGAUGCCCCGGUGGGAACGCUGGUUCAUACGCUGGUGGCGCUGGAUCCGGAUGUGGCGUCCAGUGAAGCGUUGGAUUAUGCGGCGACGGAACCCAUCACGGCGGUCGACAAGAACGGUAAAGAGGUACGCGAGAUGGAAGAUUUUAAGGACAUGUUCCGGAUCGAUCGAACCGGCAAGGUGUUUGUCAACAAGAAGUUGCAGCGGGACGAUUUUGCGGUGGUGCGCAUCACAGUGCUGGUAACGGACACGACCGCCCCGUCCAUUCAGCAGGGCGAAGGGCUACUCAUAAUCACAAUCAUCGACGUGAACGAGGAAUCACCGCUCUUCGUGCCUCCGUGGACACCGGAAGAGCCCCAUUACCGAUUCCAGGUGCUGGAGGAACAACCGAUCGGAACCAUCCUGACGACGAUGCAAGCAACAGAUGCAGACUCGACCGUCGCCGAGUACCGGAUGACAGAUAACAGCCAUUUCGAGAUAAACAACACAACAGGUCUGAUUCGCAGCAAAUCCCGCAUCGAUUACGAACAGACACCGACCAUCCAGUUCAACGUCACCGUGGUGGACACCGGAAUCCCGCAGCUGACCUCCACCGCCGAGAUAACGGUCGACAUCAUCAACACCAACGACAACGAUCCGGCCUUCGACGAGCCGGAGUACGAAAUGUCCGUGGUGGAGAACGCACUCAUCGGAACGGUUGUGGGUUCCGUAUCGGCGCGGGAUGCUGACUCGGGACCAUACGGACAAAUCACCUACUCCCUGGUCGGUGACCAGAGUGCAAGCUUUGCCAUCGAUCCGGACACCGGUGUCAUUACGGUGCGGAACAGCACGGCCCUGGACCGCGAACGGACGACAGAAAUCGGCCUGACAGCCAUUGCCACGGAUCGGGCACCGGAUGGGACCAGCCACUCGACCACCGCCCCCGUCACCAUCAAACUGCUCGACGAGAACGACAAUGUGCCGACCUUCUCGCAGAAGAUUUAUCACGCCACGGUAGCGGAAAAUGCGGCACUCAAUCCACCGGCAGCAAUCUUGCAGGUCAGCGCCACCGAUCCGGACGAGGGUGCGGCAGGAGACGUGAAAUAUAGCAUCAUCGGUAGCGAUAUUGAAAACACCUUCCGGCUGGAUGCAAACUCCGGUAUCCUGUAUCCGGGUGCGAGCCUGCUGGGACUGAACGGUAACUACCGCAUCGACAUCGAAGCCCGCGACGGGUUGGGAUCCGGUCCGCACAGCGAUCGAGCUGAAAUUAGAAUCGAAAUACAGAGCAUCAACCAGCACCGUCCGAUUUUCAUCAUGCCGGCCCUUUCGAACGCCACGGUGGAAAUUCCAGAGAAUUUAGCGAUGACGGAUUAUCUCGUGAUGACGGUCAAAGCGAACGACAGCGACAAGGGAACGAACGGCAAAGUUUUGUACCAUCUGCAGGUCAACAACCAGAACGUCCAGGAAACGGACGAGUUCGUCAUCAACGAGAUGUCCGGCGAACUGCGCAUCCGCAAGCCUCUGGAUCGGAAGAAACAAUCCCGCUUCGAACUGAUACUGGUUGCCCGGGACCAGGGAACGCCGGCUUGGUUCGAGACGCUCCGUUUCCUCACCGUUCUGCUGGUGGAUGUCAACGAAAACCACCCGGAGUUCCCCGAUGCUUCCAAUCCGUACAAGUUCUUCAUCGCUGAGAACAGCCCCCGGGACAUCCGAAUCGGCAAGAUUCAGGCCUUCUACGAUAGUCCCGAUCCGAAGAUCUACUACUACAUGCUGCUGGGCAACGAGGACGGAGCGUUCUACGUGGACAAGCUCACCGGCGAUAUCUACACCAACAAGACGUUGGAUCGGGAAGACACGGAUGUUUUCGCGCUGUACAUACAAGCUAGCAAGAAGCAGGAUCUGUUGAUUACCUCGCGGGAUCGCAUGAUGAUGAACAUCAAGAAGCUGGAGCGGGACGGUACGGUGGCGAAGGUGUGGAUUACGGUGCUGGAUGUGAAUGACAAUCCGCCGGUGUUCAAACAGGAAGUUUACUAUGCUGGCGUGAGUUCGAAGGCAUCGAUCAACGAGCUGGUAACGGUUGUCAAUGCUACGGAUAACGACUUGGGAGUUAAUUCAACGAUGGAGCUUUUCAUCAGUGGAUCCUAUCUGUACAAGUAUGGUGCUACAAAAACGACGGGAAGCAUCGUGCCGAGUCCGUUCGCAAUCAGCAGGGAUGGCCGCAUAACGACGGCCAACUACAUGGCGGAGUACAAUCAGGAUCGGUUUAUCUUGGAAGUGGUGGCGAAGGAGGUCGAAUCGCCGGAGCGGGUUGCUACCGCCAAGGUGUACGUUUGGAUCUUCAAUCCGGAACAAUUGGUGCGGGUGAUUCUGUCCCGGCCACCGUCCGAGGUGCACAUGGAGCGGGACGAGAUCAUCUCGGAGCUGUCGAAUGCGACGCAGAAGCUGAUCAUUGUGGACGAGAUCCGGUACCACGUGGACGGCCUCGGGCGGAUCCGGAUGGAUUGGUGCGAUAUGUACUUCCAUGCGAUCGAUAUGAGCUCGCAGACGAUCGUCCCGGUGGAGGAGAUUCUGCGCGAGAUCGACGCCAAGUACGACUUUCUACAGGAUUACAAUGCCGGCUUUUCGAUCGAGAACGUGGUCCCGGCUUACGCAACCAACGUACAGGACGAGUUCGACCUGGCCCUGGCUGCGAUAAUCGCUCUUCUGAUAGUGCUGUUUGUCGGUGCCGUAAGCUUCAUCGUACUGUGCUGCUGUCUCAAGCAUUGGGUCAUCACGAUUCCAAACGAGACCAGAAGAAAGGACGCCCUGAUCAAAAAGCAGAUUAUCGAAGAUUUAAAUACGACCGAGAAUCCACUUUGGAUUGAGCAAAAAUUAAAGCUCUACGAAGAGCAGGAACUGACGAUGCAAGUGUUUUCCGAGCCGGAACUGACGCAACAGCAACAGCAACAGCACCAGCAUCUGAACAACUCGAACAACACAUCCUCGUCGAUGGCCAGCCACCACCACCAGCACCAGCAGCAGCAGCAGAUGCAACAGCAGGAGCAAGCGUUGGUCCUCGGGCUGGAUCGACGGGACUCGUACCCGGAACUGUCCCAGGGGGGUGGCGAUAACACGUACGCCACCAUCCAGCCACGCAAUUAUGCGUCCAAUCUGAGCACGGUGCUGGGCACCAGUGGGAUUGGCGUUGGCGGCGGCGGCGGCGGCAGCGGUGGUGGCCCUGCAGGCGGUCUGAGCGGAGAAAUGUCGGAUUAUGCGACACUGCGAAAUAGCAGGGCACCUUCGAUGUACGAGUUUCGAGGGUCCUCCUUCCAGGUGCAGCAGCUCCAUGGUGGUGUCGGUGGUGCCGCCAUGGAUCAACCGGACUACGUGACGGAGUUGAUUUAAGAGUGAUGAAUUGAUUAUUCCAAUUUUUACUGAACAAGACUACACACAACAUUUUUACUUUUACUGUUAUUCGACGCAGCUCCUCCCGUUGCAGUAGGAUAUCAUUAGCGGGUUAAGUGACGAGAAAGAUUCGUCUCCAGAAAACAAUAUCUUUUUUUUUUAGUAGGUUAAUGUGAAAUCAAAACGUAAAAUUGCCAAGUUGAAGAAACGAAGAAGACCCCCCUUUGAAAAGGAAUGCUCAAUGUGUUGUGUUUGACACCCGAUUGUAAAAUACUCAAAGCAGAAGAAACGAAUUUGAACAACCAUACUGAGGGAAAGAGCAUUGAUUUGAGAUUUUUGCCCGACAAAGGCAGCAGAAUACAAACUCUUUGAUAGACAAUAAAUAGGAGAUAUCUUAAAGGAUAGUAUUUAUGAGAGAGAUAAUGUUGAUGAAUACGAAUAUUCUCAGAUGCAACAGUUUUACUCGAACCAUUCCGCCACACGUCGUACUCAACAUUUCGUUUUAAGUUUUUAUCAAUUUGCGUUUAAAUUUAACGAACCGCCACAAAAAUCCCCCUCGAUUGCUCACGCUCUGCUCGGACCAUUUACUUUUUCGGAAAAUACCUCCGGUGAUUUCUGGCUCAUUAUGAUUUUUCCAGCCCUGCAAAAUAAUGCAAUCCCAUACAUCUACCCGUUCCGUUCCAUUCCCCCAGUCAGUCUUCCGCCACAUUCAACCAGAACCGCAGCCUCACACGUGGCAUGGCACGCGCGUGAGUUAAACAAAUGAAUUCAAUUAAAAAUUAUGAAAAUUGAAAUCGAAAAAAUAAACCAAACUGUUCCGCAGUUCAGAAACAGGCCCUUCUCUCUCAAGUAGUCCUACCAUGUGGAAAAUGGUGACGAGGUGAAGUGAAAAUGAGAGCGCGUGAAUGAGUAAGAGCGAGCGAGCGAAUAAAAAGUUCACAAAAAUCCAACCGCCAAACCGAGGUAUCGAAAGUUGAAAAAUUGUAAAUAAUUAAAUCUAGCAAAUGGAUGAAAUAUUUAAAUUAUUAAAAAUCAAUUAUGUUAACGAGUUUAUGGGGCUAUGUAUCGGAAACGAGUGCCGGCGGUUGCCACGCGGCCGCCUGUCGCCCUUUUCGCUUUUUUUAAUUUUGUUCUGUUUGUUUGGUUUUUGAUUUCGAACAAUCGGAAUACAAAAUCGAAAAACCUGGGCUGGGUGGUUAGGAGAGUAAUUAACUUUUUUGUAAGAGAAAAGACAGCUAAACAAUGAUACGGAUGACUUGUUAUGUUUUACGUCUCUAUUUUUAAGUAUAAGAAAUAAUAGCACAACAUCGAUGGGGAAGAGCCACUGUCCACGUACCCCGCCCCGCCCUUCCUCCACUACCAUGUGGAACGAGGACGGGGUUCCAUUUUAGAUUUAGGAAAACUGAGAGAAGCAGGAAGUCAAAGUGGAAUUCUUUUGAACAAAAUAUGGUUUCUGUGAAGAGUAAUCGUUUUAACAAAACAAAAGCAGAUUAGAAGGUGUAGCAAUAAAAUGCAGUUUUUCUAGUAAAAUUGUAA